CUUUUUGAUCAAAAAGGAGUUGAUGAUGAUAGUCUGAACAGGAACAUGAACAACCCUAAUACUGGCUUUGGAGAUAGAGGAUCAUUUUUCUCAGAACAUGGUGGAUUUAGAUUUCAGUUUAAAAUGUCUGAAAUGACUGCAUUUCAUCAGCAUAGAAUUACUAUGAGGGGUUAUGAAAAUCUAAUUUCCCCACAAAGUCAGAAUCAACCUUACUUGAUUUUUGUCUAUUCUGAAUGGUGUCUGAUGUGUGUUCAUGUGUUGCCCAUGUGGCAACGAUUGGUAGAAGAUUUGAAUCCAAUUGGAAUAAACUUAGCUACAGUUCACUUUGACCAAGAAACCGAGUUAGCUCAUGAACUUGGAGGGAAAAGAGGAGAACUGCCACACAUUGUGCUGGUGAUGGAAUCCAGAAUCUGUCUUAAUGUCAGUCUUCGCGUCGCAUUCCGCCUGGUCUGCAACCGCAGCAUUCAGUUCGUCUUGGGUUACUGUUGAGUGCCCUCUAUAGGU